AUGGAUCCAAACUUGUACAAUGCUGCUGUGAAAGGCAAUACCAGUGACGGUGGUUUUUCACUUGCUGAAUAUCUGAAAAGGGAUGAAGAAAAUGGGUACCAAGUCACUCCAAAGGGAAACACUAUCCUCCACGUGGCAGCCCUUUACGGCAACUCCCAUUUCAUGGAAGAAGUCCUUAAGGUUACUCCGGAAUUGUUAUGCCGUCAGAACAAGAAGAAUGAAACUGCACUUCACAUGGCAGCUAAUGAAGGGCGCGAAUUAGUCGCAAAGGUGCUUCUUCACGCAGCCGGAGAGGAGAAUAAGGAGACACUCAUGAGGAUGACAGAUGACGAUGGAGAUACAGCUCUGCACAAGGCCGUGAGAAGUGGAUGUGUAGACAGUGUCAGACUCUUGGUGAAAGAAGAUCCUAAAUUCGAAUUUCCAGCAAACCAAGCAGGGGAGACACCCCUAUAUCUGGCAGCGGAGUCUGGUUUUUUUGACUGUUUGUCGGAAAUCUUGGAAUCCUCCAUCAGACAAACAUUUGGCGGUCCAUGUGGUCGAACAGCUUUGCAUGCGGCAAUAAUCCAAAUUCACAUAGAUUGCGCGAGAUCACUAUGGAAAUGGAAUAAAUCGUUAUGCGAGGAAUCGGACAAAUGGGGUUGGAAUUCACUGCACUAUGCUGUUAAACUAGGAUUGAAAGAAGUAGUUUCUGAGAUGCUGGGGUUGAAGAAAUCCUUAGUGUACCUUCCAGCAAGCAGUGGAAAUGACUGGACAACGACAAUUCACAUUGCAGCCAGUGAAGGUUAUGUAAACAUGAUAAAUGAGCUAUUAAAUCACUGUCCAGAUUGCUGGGAAAUGCUUAACAGCAGGGGCCAAAAUUUUCUUCACGUUUCCAUAUUGAACAAUAAAAAAAAGGUAGUUAAAUCCUUCUUCAAACAUGAGAAGUGGCAUAGACUUGCUGAUGAGAAAGAUAAUGAUGGCAACACCCCUCUUCAUUUGCUUGCUGCCUCUCCUUGGACCGUUGUGCCUAAAACAUUAAGAGAACAUCCCAGUGCAAAGAAGAUGUCAUUUAUCAAAGAAAACCAGACACCGCUUGAUGUAUCAUUUUCUUGCACACGGAUUUAUGCGGUAAGCACCAGAUAG